AUUGCCUUGAGACACUACAUCCACAAUGCGCUUCUCAAUUCUCACUCUCGCCCUCCUCUCUACAUUCCUAACUCUCCCCUCCAUAACUCUCGCCCACCCAGCCCUCAGCACAGAACAUCUCCAGCCCCGCGGCCAAAGCACCAUCACCUUCCUCAGCUCCAUUUUCAACAAUGGGAUGAGAAUCUUCAGGCUAGACAAAACUGUGCGCUACUUUACACCUGAACGUCUAGACGACGUCAAGAGUCGUUCCUCAGAAGCAAUCCAAAGCCUUGAUGAAGCCAUAGCGACUGCAAAAUCUAUCGGUCACUUCGAUCCUGCAAGUAGUCAUGCUAUUUCUGCGCUGUGUAUACCCCUGAAGGUGGUUUAUGGAAACAUGAUUAAGGCUAUUCGCGAGAAGCGCGAGGAGCUAACCGCAGCGAAAUACAAAGAUGAGAUGAUAAAGACGUUAGUAUCUCUUCGGGUUAAGAGUCGGGAGUUUGCCGAACUGGUGAAGAAGAUAAUCACUGAGCCUGAUGGGUCCUAUUGUCUGUACCUAGAAGAUUUUGUUGAUAAGCGGUAUGCGAAGACGAUUGAUGAAUACAAGGGAAUCAAUAGCGGUGAUUCGGGUGAUGUGGAGGGGGAUAUCUGGGACGUGGAAGACUGAAAGACGUGAGAAUGGUAUGUGGGAAUUGCCCAUGGGAUGGGUAGGUCAUCUGGGAGGCUAAUUAGCAGCUGAAUACGACAUGGGAUCCCACCAGCUUGAUACAUAAGAAGUUGUUAGCGAGAAGCAGGUACUUUUGGACUACAUGGAAAAAAGAUGUCACAGUUUCAGGCUACCUGACUC